UGCAAAAAAUGCAUUGACACUGACAGGCAGGCACAACACAACAGAAUGUCGGAAUCUUUGGACGAUUGCAGUUUACUAUCUUCGUCUUCGCAGUUUGACCUAAUGGAUGAGGAAGCAAUUGACGAUAAGGAGUUUGACAUUCCCCAAGUAGACACUCCUCCCACCUUGGAGAGCAUUCUCAAUGAGACGGAGGAUGAGGAAGAACCAUUUGUACUGGAAGAUACCUGUGUGCUGAAUACUGAAAAUAUUGAUGCUCAUUCUUGUGAUACUGCUUCGCUUGCUAGUUCUGACAGUGGGGACCCAGCUCACUUCAAACGGAAGAAGAAGGCGGUGGAUUUGAAAGGGGCAGUUCAUGGAUCAGUUCUUCGACACAGUUUGCUUCAGGGCAUCUCUGCGCAGAUCGUCUCGGCCGCUGACAAAGUUGAUGCUGGACUACCAACUGCCAUAACAGUUGCUGGGGUGAUUGUUGUGGGAACAUCUCAUGGUCUGGCUUUGGUCUUUGAUAACAAUCAAGCAUUGAGGCUCUGUCUUGGAACAAAAACAACUGGUGCAGAGUUUGGCGCAAUUUCUGCCCUCAGCAUCAACAAUGACUGCUCAAGACUUCUUUGUGGGUUUGCGAAAGGACAGAUUACCAUGUGGGAUCUUGCCAAUGGGAAACUUCUAAGAACAAUCACUGAGGCGCAUCCUCCAGGAACAGCAAUUCUUCAUGUGAAGUUCACAGAUGACCCAACUCUUGCAGUGUGCAGCGACAGUGGCGGAUCAGUUUUUGAGCUGGCUUUCAGGAGAGUAAUGGGCAUGCGUUCCUGUGACUCAAGAUGUCUCUUCAGUGGUUCUAAAGGGGAAGUGUGCUGUAUUGAACCAUUACGUGCAUCCCCAGAUUUCAUUGACCACCCUAUAACACAUUAUUCUUUGUUGGCUUUGGCUUCCCUCACAAAGAUUUUGGUAAUUGGGCUUAAGCCCUCUCUCAAAGUAUGGAUGACUUUUCCUUACAGCAAGUCUGAGCCAUCCAGUGUCCCACAGCUGGCAUGGCAGUUUGUGUCGAUUCAAAUGGCUGUCAACCCAUUUCUGGCUUUUUGUAAAGGAGACACAGUUCACUUUCUCAUGAUAAAGAGAGAGGAAAUGGGCGCCAUCCAUGUCAUCAAACAGAGACAGAUACAUCUCAACUGCGAUAUUAUCAGCUUGAAUUGGAUUAAUGGCCGUACUUUAGUACUGGUAGACAGCCAUGAAAAGUUACAGGUUGUAGACCGCCCCAGUCAAGAGAUUUUGGAGACUUUGGAUCUAGAGCAAGUGCAACUGGUCUACAACAGUCGCCAUUUCAAAUCGCUGGCCACAGGAGGGAAUGUCUCCCAGGCUUUGGCUUUAGUUGGGGAAAAAGCUUGCUACCAGUCCAUAUCAAGCUAUGCAGGACAGAUCGUCUGUUUGGGAACAAAGUCAGCCCAUACUCUGAUUCUUAGAACCUGGAGAGAGCGCAUUGACUGCCUGUUGAAGCAGGAACAUUUUGUUGAUGCUCUUUCUCUAGCCUGGUCCUUUCAUGAGGGAACAGCUAAGGCUGUUGUUGGCUUGUGUGGGAAUCCUUUGAAAAGGAAGGGAAUUGUUAGUGACAAGAUGCUAGAGAUCCUGCUUCAGUUUGCUGAUCAUGCUAUGAAGAAGUGUCCAGAACAAGGGAAAAUCCAAAUGAUGGAGCAACAUUUUCAUGAUGUGAUUCCAGUGUUAAUAGAUUUCUGCUUGCUGCUGCAAAGGACUGAUCUACUGUUCGACCAGCUUUAUGCUCGGCUCGUGGAGAAUGUGGUUUCUAAGGGUAUUUUCCUGGAAUUACUAGAGUCGUAUAUCAUUAUGGACCGCCUUGGUCCCCUCCCCACACCAAUCAUGAAGGAUCUCUUGGCUCAUUACCACAGCAAUGGCUUAAUGGACAACCUGGAGCGAUGCAUUGUCCAUCUGGAUGUCACAAGCCUAGAUAUACAGCAGGUGGUUCAAAUUUGUUGGGAAAACCAGUUAUAUGAUGCUAUGAUCUAUGUUUUCAAUAGCGGCAUGAAUGACUACAUCACGCCAAUGGAGAAACUUUUUGCUGUAAUAGGCCCACCACUUCGGGAGGGAAGGAGUUUAACAGCUGAAGAAGUGGUGAUGGGAAACAAACUUUUGGUGUAUAUAAGCUGCUGUCUUGCAGGAAGGGCAUAUCCCCUUGGAAACAUCCCUGAGGACCUUGUGGUUCAGAUCAAAAUUCAGGUGUUUGAGUACCUGAUUCUACUCCAUACCGGAGAGUCAUCAUCUGAUUCCUAUCCUCUUAUUCAUACACUACUUCACUUUGACACUCGAGAAUUCCUAAAUGUUCUUGCCAUGACAUUUGAAGACUUUAAGAAUGACAAACAAGCCAUCGAGUACCAGCAGAGAAUAGUGGACAUUUUACUCAAGGUAAUGGUGGACAACCCAGACUUUACACCAUGCCAGGUGGGCGGGCUCUUCACGUUUUUGGCUCGACAGCUGUCUAAACCAGACAACACACUUUUUGUCAACAGAAAAUUGUUUGACCAGGUGUUGGAGUUCCUCUGCAGAUCAGAUGAUGUCUCUCGACAUACAGAGCGGCAGCAGGUGCUGCUGCAGCUGCUCCAUGUCGGGGGGGUGAUCCAGUUUGAUGAAGAAAAGCUGUUGACUUUGUCGCAGGCAGCUGAGUUCUUUCAAAUAUUGGAAUUUCUUUAUGAAAAGAAACGCAUGUAUGACAAGAUCAUUGACUGCUACUUAAAAGACCCUCUGAGAAAGGUGGAAAUCUUUAGCUACAUCGACCAACUGAUGGCUGCGUCAAACCACAAUUCUGAGGAAAAAGAAACAAUCAAGAAAAAAACACUGCAACAUAUACAGGAACUGAUCAUCUUUGAUACAAGCAAGUCCGCUGACAUGGUUGUGUGUCACUUUGUUGAAGAAGUGGAGCAAAUCAUACGUGAACUUCCGGAUGGUGACCUACUUUUCAAAUUUUGUAGCUCAUUCUUGGAUUCAUGGGAACGACAUUGUCCAGGGACCCCCCUUCCUCUGGAAUAUGAUAUUCACACACAUCUGGUGGAUUUAUUGUGCUGUUUUGACCCUCAGCAGCUCUUGAGUUUUCUCCAAACUUCACAGCAUUACAAAUUGGAGGAAGCCAUACAAAUCACUGAGACACACCACCACAGUGAAGGAACGGCUUACCUGCUGGAGAAGAAAGGCGACUUUUGCAAAGCAUUUACAGUUUUGCUAGAGGCAUUAAAGGUGCAGCUGUCACUGUUGACGGCUGACCCCAACAAAGGGCAGAGUGAAGAUGAGAAAGAAAAUGAGGCAGCUGUAUUAAAGAGAGUUGAAAAGUUACUGAAUGACCUCAUCGCAUUGGGUCAUCGCAACUUUCAGAAACUUCAACAGCCACAAAUCAAGGAGCUCUGGUUUUCAUUAUUGGAGACGUUGAUGACUCCCCAGAAACAUGUCUUAAAGGACCUUACAAUGAAUGUUCUGAACAGCAUGAGCGGCCUAGUUUCGUUGCCUGCAAUCAUCCAGCAGAUACUCCAGAAUCCCAUUUAUGAGAAAGGACAUCUUGCAGAGAUCCAAGUUCUUAUUCUUGGAAUGCUAGACACAUUCAACUAUGAACAGACUUUAUUUGAAACAACCACAAGUCUGUUAAAUCAUGACCUCCACUGGUCACUUAGUCAUUUGUGCACUGCUGUGACAAGAGGACUCCACCCAAGACAAGACUUCUGUAACAUUUGCCUACAGCAGUACAAGAGGUGGCAUGACUCAGCUGAGCAGAUACUUCUAUUUAGUUGCGGUCACUUAUACCACCUCCAGUGCCUGCAGCAGCAGACUGUAGAUGGUGGUUUGAGAUCUGCUUCAGAGCAAGAGCAGCAGUGGAGUUGCUACAAGUGUUCUGCCAUUCACAGAGGAAGACAGGGGCAGUAUACUAUAGCAAAGAGAAGUCGCAGCACAUCCCUUGCACAGACUCGACUUUUAUCGGUGCAUCAAGAUGAAGCUCGUAGGAAGAAGGUUUUUGAAGAGUCAACUCUGGACUUUCAGCAAGAACAAUCCUGGGAUCAGCUGCGCUGUUUAUAUAAAGGACCAUCAAGGUUGUCCAUACUGGCAGAGCUGUCUCACCACCACACAAACGAGAGGCCAGGCAUACUAAUUCAAGCUCACCCAGCUCAAGAGGGUUGUAGUCUUAAACUUACUCCUCCACCUGUGUUGGAAGAGUAGCGGCGGGUGCGCUGAACAUAGAGCAUGUCGCAUUUCUUAUUUUGUCUCGAUUACAGGAUAAGCUGUAUAAUAAGUUUGUUGAUCAGGAUCAGUUUGUAACUUGUGAGACUUUUGACAUGUUAGUAAAUGGUACAAAUUCAAGCUUGUGAAAUGUUUGUCAUGUGUUUAUUGAAAUACAGCAUCAAAUGAUUUGGCAUGGCAUACGCCGUUUUUGUAGCAUCUCAACAAAAGGAUGUCCAAAUUCUAAAAAGGCUAAUUUGAAAGUCUCUGAACAAAAGUUAUUUCACCCAACAUGUAUCGUUAAACCUCCUUUAUUUAAACCUUGCAGCAAAAUCUUGAAGACUAAAAGUUGACUUUAUUAAUUUCACCACCUUAUAUUUUUGAUUCAAUCUGUAACAUGUACACACACAAGGCAAGUCCACAGCAUAUGCAAUAACACGUAUAAAAACAAGCCUCUCUUCUGAUAAGAAAUCAGCUAACAGGCAUAGGUGGUUAGUCAAAAAUUUUACUCAAGUACAAGUAAAAAAUAUUACCGGUAGGUGAAAAGAGUAAUAAUGAGUAACUGUUUACAAUGUCAAGAUUUUUUUUUUCUCUGCACAAUGUCAUCAAUGUGAACGGUUAAUAUAUUGUACUAUAACAGAUUACGUGACCAUAUUAGGCCAAAUAAAGUACAGGUAGUCCACGACGAUGUACCUGACAUACGUGAUUGUCGACUUUACGACGCCAGGGUCUCGUCCGCCAUUUUGUCCCCAGUCUUUUUUUUUU